AUUUUUCGACCACACCCGAGUUUAUGAGCCUGUUUUUUCGUGGGUUGUAAGUGUUGGUCUACUACAGUCCGCAGAUUGCAACAUGACAUCGCACCCGAAUCCAAGUAUAUUGCAAACAAUCGAAGAUAUGCAAGCCGAAACAAAGAAGGUAUCUGGAUUCCGCCUGGUGUCCCAACCUGCAAUCAAUUUAGAAGUUGACUCGGAUGUCGGUGCCGAUCGAAGGGGGAGCGGGUGCAGUGAAGCUGAUUCGUUUCGAAGAGAUGGGCCGAUUUCAGUACAAAUGAAUACCAAGGGCCCUACAAAACAGAAUGACUCAAAACUAGUAUGGUAUCAAAUACGGGAGGCAUUGCAUCGAGUGAGCAAUUCUGGGCGGAUUUCUGGUCAAGAAUUC